AUGGAGCUCGCAUGGUGCCGGCUCGUCGCCCUUUUCAUCUCACCGCCGUCCUCGUCGCCUGCGGACGCACCUCAAUUCACCUCCAACUUCACGACCCAUUUCGACGUCCACAUCCCCGCACCCACGCGAACCUUCGGCUCAGGGGGAUCAGCCGACGCCCGGGCUCGCGGAGUUCAAAAUAGACGCCCGACAAUCCCCAUAUGCGCGCAUGCCUGCCUUUUGUGGAAGAACGGAUUGCACCCGCUCCCUCCCCACUCGAGCCUGUCACUGUGGAUCGCUCCCGCCCCCGCCGGCACCCACGCAGCGACAGGUGGCCCUGGGCUGGCGCGGUCCACGGCUGCGACCGCUGUGCUCUUGAGAGAUAAGGUCGGACUCGACGGUGGACUCGUGAAUCCACACCUGGGAGGACCGCGGUGAUCCGCCGAUGCUUGUGUUCUCGGACACCGAAGAACGGCUGGGAUGUCGCCGUUUUGUCCUGUGGUUACGUCUUUUGCUCGCGCUGGCAACGUGCUCAUCUUCAU